AUGUCCAAGUUGAAAAGCUCCGAGUCAGUCAGGGUGGUGGUUCGCUGUCGGCCCAUGAAUGGCAAGGAAAAGGCCGCCUUAUAUGACAAGGUGGUAGAUGUGGAUGUGAAGCUGGGGCAGGUGUCUGUGAAGAACCCCAGAGGCGUAGCUCAUGAAAUGCCCAAGACCUUCACCUUUGAUGCAGUGUAUGACUCGAACGCCAAGCAGUUUGAACUCUAUGAUGAGACGUUCCGACCGCUUGUGGAUUCUGUUCUGCAGGGUUUCAAUGGGACGAUUUUUGCCUAUGGACAAACAGGGACUGGGAAAACCUACACAAUGGAAGGAGUCCGUGGUGACCCUGAAAAAAGAGGGGUCAUCCCUAACUCAUUUGAUCACAUCUUCACCCAUAUCUCUCGAUCUCAAAAUCAACAGUACCUGGUCAGGGCUUCUUACUUAGAGAUCUACCAAGAGGAGAUCCGAGAUUUGCUCUCCAAGGAUCAGACCAAAAGGCUUGAGCUCAAAGAGAGGCCUGACACUGGAGUGUAUGUGAAAGACCUGUCUUCCUUUGUCACCAAGAGCGUGAAGGAAAUAGAGCACGUGAUGAAUGUGGGGAACCAGAACCGUUCUGUCGGUGCUACUAACAUGAAUGAGCACAGUUCGCGUUCUCAUGCAAUUUUUGUCAUCACCAUCGAGUGCAGUGAGGUGGGCCUUGAUGGAGAAAACCACAUCCGUGUAGGGAAAUUGAACCUGGUAGAUCUUGCUGGCAGUGAACGGCAAGCCAAGACUGGUGCACAAGGGGAAAGACUGAAGGAAGCGACCAAGAUCAACCUGUCCCUUUCAGCCUUGGGUAAUGUCAUCUCUGCCCUGGUAGAUGGCAAAAGCACUCACAUUCCAUAUCGGGACUCAAAGCUUACCAGGCUCCUCCAAGAUUCUCUUGGUGGCAACGCUAAAACUGUGAUGGUGGCCAACGUGGGGCCUGCCUCUUACAAUGUAGAAGAAACUCUGACUACUCUGAGAUAUGCCAACCGUGCCAAAAACAUUAAGAACAAGCCAAGGGUCAAUGAGGACCCUAAGGAUGCCCUCCUUCGAGAAUUUCAGGAAGAGAUUGCUCGGCUCAAGGCCCAGCUAGAGAAACGGUCCAUUGGCAGGAAAAAGAGGCGAGAGAAGCGGAGGGAAGGUGGCAGCAGUAGUGGGGGUGGGGAAGACGAGGAGGAUGAGGGAGAAGAGGGUGAGGAAGAAGGGGAUGAUAAGGAUGAUUAUUGGCGGGAACAGCAAGAAAAACUGGAGAUUGAGAAGCGGGCCAUUGUCGAGGACCACAGCUUGGUUGCAGAGGAGAAGAUGAAGCUGCUAAAAGAGAAGGAGAAGAAGAUGGAGGACCUGAGGCGGGAGAAGGAUGCUGCCGAGAUGCUGGGCGCCAAAAUCAAGGCCAUGGAGAGUAAGCUGCUUGUGGGAGGAAAAAAUAUAGUAGAUCAUACCAACGAACAGCAGAAAAUCUUGGAGCAAAAACGGCAGGAAAUUGCAGAGCAGAAACGUCGAGAAAGAGAAAUCCAGCAACAGAUGGAAAGUCGAGACGAGGAGACCUUAGAACUUAAAGAGACCUACAGCUCGUUGCAGCAAGAGGUGGACAUCAAGACCAAAAAACUGAAAAAGCUCUUCUCCAAGCUCCAGGCGGUGAAGGCAGAGAUCCAUGACCUCCAAGAAGAGCACAUCAAGGAGCGGCAGGAGCUGGAGCAGACUCAGAAUGAGCUCACCAGGGAGCUGAAGCUCAAGCAUCUUAUUAUAGAAAACUUCAUCCCUCUGGAAGAAAAAAGUAAAAUUAUGAAUAGAUCCUUCUUUGAUGAAGAGGAAGAUCAUUGGAAACUACAUCCUAUAACCAGACUGGAGAACCAGCAGAUGAUGAAGCGGCCCGUCUCCGCUGUGGGAUAUAAGAGGCCACUGAGCCAGCACGCAAGGAUGUCCAUGAUGAUUCGUCCAGAGGCCCGAUAUAGGGCAGAAAACAUUGUGCUGCUAGAGCUGGACAUGCCCAGCCGAACCACCAGGGACUAUGAGGGCCCUGCCAUUGCCCCCAAAGUCCAGGCGGCAUUGGAUGCCGCUCUGCAGGACGAAGAUGAAAUACAGGUGGAUGCGUCAUCCUUUGAAAGUACUGCAAAUAAGAAAUCCAAGACCAGGCCUAAAAGCGGAAGGAAGUCGGGAUCCUCCUCCUCUUCCUCAGGAACUCCUGCAUCUCAGCUUUAUCCGCAGUCUCGGGGGCUGGUUCCAAAGUAA